GAGAGAGAGAGAGAGAGAAAAAAGACACAGAUCCUGUUAGAGGAUCCACAUGAGCAACACAGAGAGGAACGCAGAACCUCGGUCAGGCUCUACAGGUCGGUGUUCAGACACGGACUGAACAUUCCAGUGUUCAUAUCAGGAAAAAUGCUGUAGUCGGUCGGGCUUUGACUCUAAUAGGAAAGAAAACAGAGGAAAAGGAAGAAUCAUGGCGGUUUUUAAACCAGAUAAUGUUGAGGAUUUGUAUGAAAUCAAGGACGUCCUGGGCAGUGGUCAUUUCGGGCAGGUGCGUGAGGUGUGUGAGCGGGCUACCGGCAUCCUGUGGGCGGGAAAGUUCCUGAAGCUGCAGCGUGGCGUGGGGAGCCGCCUGGGCCUGGAGAGGGCAAGUGUGGAGAAAGAGGUGGAGAUCCUGCAGAAACUCCAACACCAGAACAUCAUGGCCCUCAAAGAUGUGUUCGAGAGCAAGGCGGAGGUGGUCCUUAUUGUAGAGCUUAUUCGAGGCGGUGAGCUGUUUGACUUCAUCGCUGAGAAGGAGAACCUGACUGAGACGGACGCCAUUGACUUCCUCAAGCAGAUUCUAGAGGGAAUAAACUACAUGCACAGCAAACACAUCGGGCACUUCGACUUAAAGCCUGAGAACAUCAUGCUAUCUGAUAAGCAUGCCCGCAAUCCGCAUAUUAAGAUCAUCGAUUUUGGCAUGGCACAUUGCUUUCUACAAGGAGAGGAGUAUAAGAGCAUGGGAGGCACCCCUCAGUAUAUUGCACCGGAGAUCAUCAACUUUCAGCCGCUUAAUACAGCAGCAGAUAUGUGGAGCAUCGGCGUCAUCACUUACAUCCUGUUGAGCGGCCUUUCUCCAUUCCAAGGCGAUACAGAUGAGGAGACACUGAAGAACAUUGUGGAGUUAAAGUACGAGUUCGACUCGCGCUACUUCAGCCAAACCAGCUGUAUGGCCAAAGACUUCAUCCAGAAACUGCUAGUCAGCGAGCAGAGUGAAAGGAUGACUGCCGAGGCAUGCCUGAUUCAUCCUUGGAUUAAACCUCUGACCAGGACACAGAUUGCGAAGAGGAAUCGCUCUUCCAUCAACAUGAAGAACUUUAGGAUGUUUAACGCUAAGAGAAAGUGGAAGAUGUCCUAUAACAUGGUGUCGGCCUGCAAUCGCCUGUGCAAGCUCAAGCUGGUGUGUAAGCCUACAGCUUUGGAAACACAAGAACUGAGAGACUGCGAGAGUGAUCAAGAAGACAUAGAGACAAAACCCGCCUCUCUCUUCCGGCGCCGACUUAGCAACACUUCCUAGAAUAGAGCAGCGAUCUGCAGGGCAGACCAGGAAGCGUCAAGCUUUACAGACUGAAGGAAUUGUCCUACUCAUCUUGAACCCACAGCGUUUCCUGCUAUACCAGGAGACGAAAGUUUGGAAAAGUGGACCAAACCCAAAACGUUCUUUAAAGUGAUAUGCAAGAUUAUUCAAAGACAGAUACCUCUGAAAUGCUACAUAAAUAAAGCUGAUUCAGCUUGAUGUGCCCAGGACACAGGACACGUCACCGUCUCAUAAACCCCCAGAGCCGUGCUCCAGAACUUUUUCCCAUCGCCUGUUUCCUUUGGGAAACAGCAUCUCAAGUGCCAUUACAUCAAAUCACUAUAGACUAUAAGAGCUUUUUGAGCUCUCCAUUUCAAACAAGGAAGCAAAUGAAGAUGUUUUUAAAUUUUAAACAGCAACAUUAAAAAUAUUUCAUAUACGAGGUGGUAUAAAAAGGUUUCAAGAUUGCUUUGUUUACAAGAGAAUACUUUGUACAAUCUGGCGAGUAGGGUGGGUAACGAUUUUCAACGGAUCUAUCGUCGUCUUCCAGUGACGUUCUUCCAUUCUUGAAGCAUGCGUGCCACUCAAAACACCUCAAACGACUCGUUGCAGCAUCACCGUAAACAUUUUGCCGAAUCAUGUUAACGGUCUUUAAGGCAGAUUUGCCCAAUUUUACACACAAUUUCACAUUUGCUCUUUGUUCUAACUUCCUGUCCAUUGUGAAAACGCAGACGUGGUUAAGUAUAGCACCAGCUCCCGAUGUACACAGAACAAUGUCUUUUGGCACGCUGACUUAUGAAAGAUUGGUGCUCCCUGUAUCUUGUGAUCUUGCGUUGCCAUCUGUUGACGUGUUACGAAACUAGUCUUGAAACCUUUCGAUACGACCUCGUAUCAAAACAUUUGCUUAUACGUAGUGUUCCAGUUAGCCAGCUAGUUUGUUGCGCAUUCUAACUCGUAAGAAUGCCAGAUAGUUAGAAUGCAUGCCGAUACGGAUAUAUCUUGUAUUUUUUUUGUACACAUACACAUGGACUACAGCAAAGUCUCUUAAGUGCGUCGAUGGUGCCAAAACUGCUCGCGUUAAUAUCGCAUUUAAUCCUGUCUCUCUCUGGGCUGCAAGAGUUCCUCACUUCUGUAACAACUCAAAAAUCCGGAGGAAAGUCAACAUUCGAGUCAGAUUGGAUAUGAUCCGAACAUCCUGGAAUUGUCUGGGUCCUGACAUCUGUGCUCAUAAAGCACCAAACUUGAAUAUCUCAAAGGAACCUUUACUUGAUAAAAUGCCUUCCGGAACGGACAGACGUGUUUUAAAGUUGUGUGCCUUAACUGACAUAAAAUAUAACCAUCUUUUUAUUAUUAUUAUUAUUUUUUUUUUUUAAGAAAUAUUGCUUUAUUCAUAUGUGUGUGUGUGUGUGUGUGUGUGUGUGUUUGGCUCGAAGCCAAAAGUUCCAGCUGAGGAUUAUCACACUGUGUGUUUAUGCAUUCCUAUAUUAGCCGCCCGUUGUGGAAUGCUGAUCGGUUUAGGUCCCAGGACUAGCGUGAAUGGGAACAAUGUAACUUAAGGUAACAUCACUUAGGUUUUACAUCACAAUAUCGAACUUUUAGGCAGGAAUCAAAAAUUAAGCUUAUGCAAACAGCCUGACUUACGGUAUGCAGACAAACCAAUAUCACCAGUAUCUCGUUAAACCCAAUGCAACUAUUGCAGCGAUUAGAUCGGAUAGAAUAUUUUUGUACCAUGGACUACAUACAACCCAGUCUCGUCUUUCUAGUAACUCACAUUCCACACCGCCAGGGAUGUUCUCAUGUGCCUGUUUCCUUGUUACAUACAAAUAGCAAAGCCACCUGAUGUUUUUUCUAUUCUUAGUUUGGUUAGAGUUGUUCUUUAAAAUAUUUCAGGUCUUUUUUUCGUCAAUGGUAAACCUACACUACUGAAUGAAUGUUCAUUAAAGCAUAUCAAUCUUCAAAAGAAAAAAAAAGGAAGACUAUAAUUCUAGCAGACAUGUGGUCUAUUCAUAAUGUCGCAACUUGUUGAGCUAUUCUAUCCUCAGGCUAGUACGUCAAAUUCUUGUUUUUGCCAGACACUAAUGGUGGACCAAAUGGAUCAAUGUGCAAAUGAGUUGGAAUUGGAUCAUCUUUGAAUCCUUUCCUUUGCCAAAAGACCAGCAUAGUGGCGUUAGUAUUGCAUUAAGACUUCAGACUAUGUGGAAUAGUGCUUGCUGUCUGUUAGUAUCCUUCCUCUUAAGCUGUUUGUUCGUAGCAGGGCGUGAAACAAACACUGCUUUGAGCCAACUGGGGAAAUAAAUGUAACAUUUGCUGCAGGUUUGCAACAGAAACUGAAAAGGUUCAGCUGUUCUGCCUCCUGGAAUGAGACGAGUGAGUGGUUUUACUCUGCUGGAAUGCAGUUGGCAUUAUGCAGAAUUUGGCACAGUUGCCUUGCUUUAGAAAUACAGAUUCUGAUUGUUUGUCAGUAUCAGUAGGUUCACCAUUGUUUAGAUCAUGAUUGUGAUAAGCUCUGCGUAACAGCUCGGACCGAAAUCUUAAAAAUAUUUUAUUAUGUUGAGAUCUGACCUAAUAUAAUAUAACAGCGUCCAUCUGUAAGUUCUCGAAUGCGAUGUGGUCCAGCUGUUUGUGUGCUUCAUAGAGGCCUUCGCUGUCGAAAGACAAGUUAGAUAUUGAUUGCUCUAUUAAGACCUGAAAAAAAAGAAACGGUUCCGUGGCAGCACCAGCACUUUGUUCUGGGCUAGAACGAAGAAUCGCUUACACCAGGGGCCGGGGAGAGGUAGGUAAAUCACGACCAACGAAAAGUUUGUGACCGGCGUCUGUAAAAAAUGGACUCAAUAUGCAAUGGGUGGAUUAAAUGCAUUAUAUUAACGAUUAAGCCAGGAGAACUGCUUGCAAAGCCUUGUUGAAGUUCCUCGUUGUUGCUGUUGGGUUUGGAACCUGGCAUUUAUUUUGACACUUUUAUUUUAUUACUCAUGUCCAACACUAUAACCAUGUUCAUUGUAUAUAAAAUCAACCAAAAACAUUUAGAAAUGGUAUGUAAAUGAAGUAAAAUAUUAAAUAAAUAGACAUUAAACAUCACUUAACCUAAAUUUAUGAUUUUCUCUUGGCACCGGCUGCUUUAAAAACCAAACUGAAAUUGACUCUGGUUUCUUCUUUCUACUGUCCUUGCUAACAAUCUUGGGAUCAAUAGUGCUUUGUCUACUAAAUCUUGCACAAAAUUCCC